GUUGGUGGGAGCUCGAAGCGCUUCUACCGGAGGGUACAGACCUUGAGAUUCUCUUCAGCCACUACGAUAUCGAAUACAAAGAGGCAGAUUCUGAGGACAGGCUCUUCUUCGACAUCAUUGCAACUUCAUGGCCUUCUGCCGAACGCUUCUUGCAGAGGUGUCGUGAUGAAGGUCGCAAGGUCUUGGUGAAUUGCCAAGCUGGCCACAAUAGGCAGCGGCUCCGGGGGACGGUGCUCUCCAACCACGGCUUCCGCCUGCAGCUGGUGCGCUUGGCCCUGCAGCUGGGGAAGCUGGGAGGAGUCAAGUACGGUCACAACUCCAAAGACUUCGAAAGACAGCCUAUCAAGAAGGCCCUGAAAGAAGCCUCACUGAUUGAGCGGAAUUCGAAGUCAGUGAUCUCCGAUGAAGUGAGUGGUCUCGUCAGCCAGCGCAAACUGUCCCUUGAACUCGUUGCCUGCCUGACGCACUGGAACAAGAACUUUCUCGACCACUACGAGUACACAGCAGAUCCGCCGGUGGUAGUUGGCCGUGGCUUUAGUGGAGAUGUGGUGCUGUGUCAAAGGCGCAAUGCACGAGAUUUUGGAGGUCGACCACAAAACAGCCUGCGCUGUGUGAAGCGCUUCAACUUGACAUCCAUGAAGCCGGAUCAUUUAGAGAAGCUGAAGAACGAGGCAGUCAUCUACCUUUCGCUGGAACAUCCCCACAUCGCACGGCUCUUUGAUGUCUACGAAGAUGAUGAGGAGCUAAGCUUGGUCAUGCAAUACUGUGGAGGUGGUACGCUUCAAGACGUCCUAAGGAGCAAGGGGCCAUUUCCUGAGCCAGACUUCAAGCAAGCUGCUGUCCAGAUGCUACGGGUUCUGAACUACGUGCACCGAGCUGGCAUCGUGCAUCGAGACAUCAAGCCGCGGAACUGGGUCUACGAGGCUGAGCGUAACAUCCUAAAGCUCAUUGACUUUGGCUUUUCCGCCAAGUGCUUGAUGCUCCACGAAGGACGUGGGGCCAAGAUCGAGGGAAGUGCCCAGCUGAAGGGCUGUCUUGGAACACUGGGCUACUUGGCGCCGGAGGUCAUUAGCAGCGCAGCCUCCUCGGAGGCGUAUAGCGAGAAGUGCGACAUCUGGUCUCUGGGAGUGGUCCUCUUAGAGCUGCUCCGCGGUGUCUGCGUGUUUGAACGAGAGAGGGGCGGCUGCGAUGGCUACACGGAAGAGGUGAUUCUCCGAGAGAUCCAGGAUGUGAGUUCGCAGGACAUCGCCAAGCAUCUCGAUCUCGUUCCGUCCAAUGCACGCACGUUUUUGGCGCGCCUGCUGACGAAAGAGCCCAGCUCACGACCCUCUGCUCAAGACCUGCUUGAGGCGACGCCCUGGUGCGACGGAAGCACCGACACCGCAGCGAAAGCGUCGUCGCCAGGAUUGCGGCCAUGCGAAGAUCCGGAUGUUGUGAUCAUUUCCGAGCGCUGCGUUGAGACAGUGCCUUGUGAGAUUUGUGGCCAAAGUGUUCCCUUCGACUCGUUCCUGCAGCAUAUGUCCACUCACCAGCAGGGUGAUGCCUUGGAUGCACCAGAGCAGCUUCGCAGGCCGGACGCAGAGAUCGACGCGGGAAUUGAGUGUGAGGUUUGUGGAAGGCUGGUGGACUUCGAUGAUUUCGCCGAGCACAUGGAGGGGCACCGAGAAGCCGCCAGCUCUUCCUCGCAGAGGAGCGGAGACAUGAAGUCCUGCGAG